GAUGGCUGACGAAAGGGUAAUUAAUAAGCACACAGCGAUACGGUUUCAUUCAGCCUCUUCAAGUGGUCAGCGGUGCACGUAGCCGAACGUUGCUAUUUUUAAUCUACAUUCUUUAUUAUCUGUGACAUAGCGUCUUUGGCGGGAAUUAACGGAAAAAGUGUUGCCCAGCGCUCUGAAGUCUAGGUCUAAGUACUUAGAAAUCACGUCGAGAAAAGUGUCUUACAAAGCAAAAACGUUCUUCGAGAAUGGAAUCACAUGAGAAGAACGUCUUCACAGUGGGGAAGGAACUUAGCCCCACGAACAAUGAUAUAGUUGAAAUGAAACCAGCAGCGAAUGGCGUUGAAGCAGGCCAAACGAAACAGCUGAAGGAUCUGGACGACCUUCUACCGUACGUUGGAGAUUUUGGCUGGUACCAGCGCAUACUGUUUCUGCUGAUGAUUCCCUACUCCUUCUUCUUCGCUUUCGUUUACUUUGGACAGAUCUUCAUGACUUUGGUGCCUGAAGAACAUUGGUGCUACGUGCCGGAGUUGGGAAACUUGAGCGUGGAAGAAAGACGCCAUCUGUCGAUACCAUUAAUCGACGGAAAAUAUGACAAAUGCUCCGUUUAUGAUGUAAACUGGACAUCAGUACUCCAGAAUGGAACUCUUACUCCAAACCCAGAAUGGACCGUGAAGAAAUGUGAACACAAAUGGGAAUUCAACUAUUCCGAUGUCCCUUAUGAAACUAUUGCGUCUCAGCAAGGAUGGGUGUGCGACAGAGAUGACUAUCCCGCGACUGCUCAAGCGGUUUUCUUCUGUGGAGGCAUAGCAGGAGGGUUCAUUUUUGGAUAUGUGGCUGACAAAUAUGGAAGACUACCGGCUUUGAUUGGUGCGAAUUUGGCUGGAUUUGUGGGUGGAUUAGGAUCAGUAUUUACAAAUGCUUUCUGGUCAUUCUGCAUCUGUCGUUUCAUCGUUGGAUUGGCUUACGACAACUGCUUCAUCAUCAUGUAUAUCGUUGUGCUCGAAUACGUAGGUCUAAAAUGGAGAACAUUUGUGGCCAACAUGUCAAUUGCUGUCUACUUCACAUUUGCUGCCUGCCUUCUACCCUGGAUAGCUCUGGCAGUGAAUGACUGGAAGAUCUAUACGCUCAUCAUCAGUGUUCCUCUGGCGUUAGCUGUUCUUACUCCUUGUGUUGUACCUGAGAGUGCUCGAUGGCUCAUAUCUCAAGGCCGAAUUGACGAAGCUAUCAAAAUUAUGCAAAAAUGCGAGCGAAUCAACAAGAAGAAAAUACCUAAUGAAGUUAUCGAAGAAUUUAGGGUCACAGCCACAGAAAUAGCAAAAGCUGAACAAGAAUGCAAGAACUACAGUGUCCUAGAUCUUCUCAAAACUCCUCGUCUUCGUCGGCACAGCAUUCUCCUGGUCAUCAUCUGGAUGUCCAUUGCCAUGGUCUUCGAUGGCCACGUCAGAAACGUUGGGUCCUUGGGCCUGGACAUCUUUAAAACCUUCACCGUUGCUACCUUCACGGAAUUCCCUGCCGAUGUUCUGCUGAUCCUGAUAUUGGAUAUCAUUGGACGUCGUUGGCUGGCGUUCAGUACGAUGGUCAUCAGUGGAAUUUUCAGUCUUUUAGCAUGCACUGCUCCUAUUGGUAUCGCCUCAGCCUCUCUAGCCAUCGUGGGCCGUUUCGCAGUAAACAUCUCAUUCAACAUCGGAAUGCAAUACGCGGCAGAACUUUUGCCAACAGUGGUACGAGCUCAAGGCAUCGCUCUAAUACACAUCAGUGGAUACGUCGCUACUAUACUUACACCGUACAUUGUUUAUAUGGCUACCAUAGCAAGAGAAAUCCCGCUACUAAUUCUAGGUGCUUUGGGCAUAUUUGGAGGGUUCCUAUGCCUGUUCCUCCCAGAGUCCAUGGGCAAGGAAAUGCCUCAAACUAUCCAAGAUGGUGAAGAAUAUGGCCUGGACCAGAAGUUCUGGGACUUUCCAUGCUGCAAUAGGAAGAAGAACAAAGAAGUAAAAGAAGAAUCACGAUAUUGAUGAAGAUGACGGAUUUUGUAUUGAUUUUCUAAAACAACUAUUGUGAUACUAACUCUAUCUACUUUAUUUUGAAUGCAAUAGAAAUGAAAAUUGAUUGGCACACGUACAUAAGAUAAUUUGGUUACGCUGAGAGUGAUUUCAAUAAUUAUGAAUCUCACAGUUCUGAACAAAAUUAGUUAGCCAAGUUUGUUAGAUCCAGCUUAUAGUUCACUAUCUUCCUGCCCGUGACUUUGACCGCAAACCUUAAUAUAUUAAACACUGAAAAGGUCUUCUUGAAAUAUUGCAUCUUUUAAAAAAUACCGCAUCAAAAUCUGUCACGCAGUUUUAAAGAUCUAAACACACAUAGAGACAGACAGCGGUAAACUGAGAAAAGCUCUACAAAUAAUUUCCCAUGAGUAAGC